AUGACCAACAGUGAUAAGGCGAUCCGAUUCCACUUCCUCAGCGAUGAUGCGGUGCCAGACUUCCCAAUCCUCGUCGUGGUUAAACGAUCCCGGAGUGUCUUGUCCUGGACUGUGCCUUACGUCUCACCAGACGGCCAGAAAUAUGGCUCAGUAAGCAAGACCCUGUGCCCUGAUUCCUCCAACCUAAACGCCAGCGUGGAGGAGACCAUCAUUGUGGACGUCAGCACAUUAUCCGCCAUUGAAGUCAAUUUCACCCUGACUGGGAUGUUUGUAGACGAUUUCAACCUGGAAUCCGAUACAGAUAUCACAUUCUCAAGUGAUCCAUCUUCACCUCAGUUUUAUCAAUAUGAAUUUCCAGAGGGAGUCAAUAUGGUGCUGGUGAGAGCCAAGUCACCAAAUGAUACAUGUGCCUACUUUUCAGUGCAGAAGGCAGAGUGUCCGAUCUUUGAAGAUGUUUCCACCGUGCGUUACAACGCGGGGACAUUUCAGACGAUGACCUUGCAGGCAGCAAUUACAGUCACGAGAGACAUGUAUACAUCGGGCCGUUUCUAUGUUGUGAUGGUCGUGCAUCCAAACGAUAAAAGAUGCGAAAAUAACUACAAGGAAUUCACACCUCUCGAAGCUCAAUAUACAGGCUCAUCCGAACGCACAAAAAUUGUAACACUGAGAGUGGAACACACACUAGACAAAUAUUGGAAGCCGGUUCUGGUCACUUUAGUGGUGCUCAUAGUCAUUGCUAUCCUGUCUUCUAUUAUUACCUUUGCUGUACCCGUUUUGAUUCAACUUACGAGGAAUAAGUUUGUAAAAAUGGAAAAGAAGUACAACACGUACCUCUGGGAUAUUGUAACGGUGUCCGUAUUCUACGCUCUUCCAGUCGUUCAACUUGUCGUAACCUACCAAGUGGUUACCAAUGUUACUGGAAACCAGGACUCGUGCUAUUAUAACUUCCUGUGUGCAAAGCCACUUUCAUGGUUUAGUGCCUUCAACAAUAUGUUCAGUAAUAUUGGCUACGUCGUGCUAGGAUUUACCUUCCUUGUGCUUGUCGGGAUAAAACACUUAAAACGAGUACACAACAAGAGACUGACCCAGGGAAUCCAUAAACACUAUAGUCUCCUGUAUGCCUUGGGCUUUGCUCUCAUCAUGGAAGGCGUUAUGAGUGGCUCUUACCAUGUCUGUCCAAACAGGGCCAACUUCCAGUUUGAUACCUCCUACAUGUACAUGAUAGCCUGUCUGGGGAUAUUGACGAUGUACCAAAAGAGACAUACAGAUAUCACCGCCUCCGCCAACAAAUCAUUCGCUUUGAUUAUCCUCAUUAUCUUUACUGGAUUCCUGGGGAUGGUCUUCAUUGGAUCACUCGUCUUCUAUAUCCUCUUCUUCAUCGUGCAUAUGCUGACUUAUGUUGGAUUAAGUGCGUUCAUGUACUGUAGUGGAAUAAUCAAACCAGGUAUGAACAUCAUACAGGAGGGACAGAUAUAA